CGAACUGGGGCUAAAAGUAGUGUAUAAAAUCCCUCCAUUUACAAAACCCUAAAGUCCUAAUCGUCCUUUGCUUCCGUGCUGCGCCACCCAGAGUAGAGUCUCACAGUUUGACUGCUUUACAAUGUCGACCGCUGAGCUUGCUUGUUCCUACGCCGCCAUGAUUCUUCAUGACGACGGCAUCGCAAUCACAUCAGAGAAGAUUGCCGCCUUGGUGAGAUCAGCUAAUGUGGCAGUGGAAUCAUACUGGCCAAGCCUCUUUGCCAAGCUUGCUGAGAAGAGGAGCCUUGAGGACCUUAUUUUGAAUGCUGGCUCUGGUGGCGGUUCUGCUCCUGUGACUGUGGCUGCUGCCUCUGGUGGUGCUGGUGGUGCUGCCAGUGCUGCUGCUCCUGCAGUUGAGGAGAAGAAGGAAGAACCCAAAGAAGAGAGUGAUGACGACAUGGGAUUCAGCCUGUUUGAUUAGUAGAGUUCAUAUAUGAUUUGUGCUGUUCUUUUUAAAUUUAAUUUUAGACAAUUUAGGAUCAAUUGAAGUUGAAAUUUUUGUUUCAAGUUGAGAAUUUUUUUCCCAGUGUUGUACGUUGAAAUGGCUCUCACUCAUCAUCCCAUAUAUGUUUUAAAAGCGUUUAACUUGGCAACUGAGUUGGAAGAAGAUAUUGAUAGUUUUGUUUUAA